AUGACACAGAAGAGCAAAGCCUACAUCGACGAGCUGCUGGACAUGUCGGAUCCUCCAGACACCAGCAAUUGCCAGAGUGAAGUCUCGCAAUAUUAUACGGGACGUAACAUUCUCGUAACGGGAAGCACCGGCUUCUUCGGCAUACUUCUGAUAGAAAGAUUAUUGCGAUGCUGCCCAGGUAUAGCGAAGAUUUACAUGCUAAUGAAGGGGAAGAAAGGAAAAUCAACUGAAGAGCGAUUCAAGGAACACUUCGACAAUAUCAUUUACGAUAGACUGAAGCAAGAACAGCCCGAAUUUAUCACUAAAGUGAUAAUGAUAGAAGCUGACAUGAGCGAGGUAAAUCUAGGCUUGUCGGCGGAAAACCGGGAACGUUUCUUAGACACAAACGUAAUCUUCCACAUGGCGGCGAACGUACGGUUUAACGAAACGAUGAGAGGCGCGGUGAACAUUAACAUAAGGGGGACCAAACAAAUUCUCCUCUUCGCGAGGGAGAUGCCGAAUAUCGAGGCGUUUGUUUAUGUGUCGACCGCAUAUUCCUACUGCGUGCACAGUUUUAUCGAGGAGAAGUAUUACCCAUCGCCUUUGAAAACAGACGAGAUCUUGACACUGACCGAAAUUCUGAGUAAUGAGAAACUGGAUGAGAUAACACCGAUAUUAGUAGGCGAGUGGCCGAAUACCUACGUGUACACUAAGGCGAUCGCCGAGGACACGGUGCGACAAUACGGCGUUGGAUUGCCAGUCUGCAUCGUACGUCCAUCGAUUGUAACGUCAACGGCGAAAGAACCGGUAAGUGGAUGGACCAACAACAUGUACGGAGCGAUGGGCAUCGUGGUGGGCAGUGCCUUGGGUUUGCUGCGUACUUUACACUGCGUGCCCGAAAAUAUAGCGGACAUAAUACCUGCCGAUUACAUAAUCGCGAAUCUCAUCGUCGCGGCUUGGGACGUCGCUGAAAGGAAAAGCACUUUACUCAGUAUUGACAGCACGGACCUGAACGUCCUCCCGGAAACGGAGAGAACGCCAAUUUACAACUACGUGUCGUCGGUCCAAAAUCCUAUUACUUGGAAGGAGUUUAUGAGGUUAAACGAGGAACACGGCUUGUGUGUGCCAAGCAUGAAACUCAUGUGGUAUUACAUGUUGAUCUUAAACAGACACCGAUCAGUGCAUGAAAUAUGCUCGAUAUUUCUGCAUAUAAUACCCGGCGCCAUAUUCGAUCUCGUGGCUAUCCUCUCUGGCCGACAACCCAUGUUGUUGAAAGCAUACAAGAAGAUAAAUACGUUCAACAAUGUGAUAUCAUACUUCUCGGCGGGUCAAUGGCAAUUUCGCGACGACUCUGUCGUGAAGCUUUGGGACCGUCUAAAUCCAGUCGAUCGUGAGAUUUUCGAUUUCAACAUACAAGACUUGUCCUGGGACGAAUAUAUGCAGAAGUUGAUGCUCGGGCUUCGCCUAUACAUGGCUAACGAAACGACGGAUAACUUGGAAGAAGCACGCGCCAGAUAUAAGAAACUGAAGAUCGCUCAUUAUACCGUGCUAACCACCGGCUCGUUUCUACUACUGUGGGCUAUCGUGAGUUUAGCAAGUUUCAUAAUAUCGUUCUUUUGGCAAAAUUUCCUCAUUUACUAAACUAUGAUUAAUGGUGAAAGUAAACCGGUGUUGAUGCGCCGCCGCAUUCGCUACGUCAGAAAUUCAUGCUGCGCGCACAGUUUUACUCGCGUACUCCUGCCGGUUGCACGGUCAAGUUUUGUCUCACGCUGUUUAUUCUCAUUCAUAUGUUCGAAGUUGCAUGAUAUUGCAUCGCGAAUGUUUAGCAUAUCUCUUGAUUCUGUAAGAUUGUUAUACACGUAACGUAGUAAUAAAAGUGUGGUGCUUUGCAUCACGUUGAAUUAAGCAGUGCAAUUUACGCGUUUAUCAUGCACAUUGACACAUGUAUAUGAUAAUACGAUCAAAAUAAUACAUGAUAGAAUAAUAAUCGAUAAGUCGUCUGAUAACUGGUAAUAACAAGUAGGCAGAGCGUCAACCCCGACGCCGCGUGCAUAAAUAAAACGGCAAGUCGCGAAUGCGAUUAUCGAUUGUUCGAGUCCGAUGGGGGGAUUUACCGAGCAAAAUAGAAGCACAAAUUUUCAUUUGAUCUCGAUUCGGUAUUUAUGCGCUGUGAGUCAAGUCGCGUCGCGAAUCGUCUCUUUCUCUCACCUUCUCAAAGGCGAGAGCACAGAUUUGCAGGGGCCCGUUGAGUCGGCAAGUUGAAACAUUUUCGCGCGAAGCAUUU